GUGUGCUCCGAGGGCGUAGGCGGAGUCUUACCGGCAGUCCUGGCAGCGUGGGUGCAGCAUCUUUUCGGGGAACAGAAAUCUUCUAACAGUGAUACGGUACUGAUGUCUAUAAUACCGGUCGACAAGGUUUAAAGCCGCUUCGGGGAAAAAAUCAUCCCGUCGUCAAGCGACGAGCGGAAAACGUCUGGUAGGGAAGAUUUAUUGGGAGGUUUAUAAAGAGUGUUUCCUGUUGUGGGAGGCAGCACGCCUGGAGGUCGCGCUUACGGAAUCAGCCGGGGAGGCAACAGGGCGCUCUACGGGGGCAGGCGCAGGUUACCCCGCCUAGGAACAACACCUGGGGCGGUGGGAGACAAAGUACGGGGACCGUCAGGCGCGCACAGGUGUAGGUAGACCACGCCAGACGCACACUCUAGGCUGUGGCCAUCUGGCAGGCGUGCACAGACCGUAAAUAUAGCACACUUAGCUGGGAUCAGACUGUCAGACGUGCACACGUCUGUCUACGUGGUCCGUAGACAGACCACGCCAGACGCGCACAGAUUGAGACCGACGAGCACAGACAGCAGAUAGACCACGCCUCAGGCUGAGACCGCCAGACGCGCACAGACCGUAGACAGACCACGCUCCAGACGCACACAGACCGUGAACAGACCACGCCAGGCUGAAACCGUCAGACUCGCUCGGACCUUAACAGACCACGCUUGAGGCAGCCAGGCGCGCACAGCCCGUAGACAGCCCACGCUCCAGACGCGCACAGUCCCCGGCAUGGCUGCGGAGCCUCAGCAGUACACCCAGCGGCUGGUGGUGCUGGGAGCCGCCGGGGUCGGCAAGUCCGCCAUCGUGGCGCAGUUCCUGUUCGAGACCUUCACCGAGAAGUACAAGAAGACGGUGGAGGAGCUCUACUGCACCGAGUACGACGUCUACGAGACCAAGGUGCGUCUGGACAUCCUGGACACGAGUGGUUCGUUUGAAUUUCCCGCCAUGCGGAAGCUGUCCAUCACCAACGCCAACGCCUACCUGCUGGUGUACGCCAUCGACAACCCGCAGUCCUUCGAGGAGAUCAAGAGCAUCAGACAGGAGAUCAUAGACAUCCGUGGUGAGGCCGGGAUAGCGAAGCUGCCUGUGGUGGUGGUCGGGAACAAGUGUGACCUUGAAGAGAAGCGGCAGGUGCCGAAGGAGGACGCUGAGCUGGUGGUGGAGUUGGCAUGGCAACACGUCUUCCUGGAGAGCUCCGCCAAGGAGCGCACCAACGUCGUCAACAUCUUCAAGCAGCUGCUGCACCAGGCACACAUCCCCUGCCACCUGUCGCCCGCACUGCGCAGGCGCAGGGCCUCGCUUCCCGUCACGCCUAGCGCCAACGGUCACCUGCCUCCCGGCGGCAAGGACGAGGUCAAGCCGAGCAUGCGCAGACACAACACCAGAAGAAGAAGCUCCUGUAAAGUUCAGUAGUCAUGGUAACGGACGGUUAACGUUUGACUUUGAAUUUAUUCCAAUUGCAACAGGGACAGCACAAUGUGAACACAAGGUAGUA